ACUUCAUCACCCCGUGUUGUUGGCAUACGAGUACCCAAACAAAGAUGGGAAAACGGUGAUCCUGACGUGCUAUGCAUUGAACGAUAGGGUCUCCAUCAGUUGGUUGUUCAACGAUAAGCCUCUGAAAAUAACAGAGAACAUUGUGUUGACCAACAAUUCCCUCACCAUAAAGAAUGCCACGGUUGAGGAUUCAGGGCAGUAUAAUUGUGAGGUAUCCAGGGAAUUCAGUUUCAAGACAAGUAAUUCCUACAACCUGAAAAUAAUAGAGCCAGUGACUAAACCAUCCAUCGAAGCCACCAACACCACAGUCGAAGACCAGACGUCUGUGAUCCUGAAGUGCUUGACAAAAAACACUAGGAUCUCAAUCCAUUGGCUCUUCAAAGGCAAGAGUCUGGUUAUCACAAAUAGGAUGAAUCUAUCUGAGAACAAAACCAUUCUUGAAAUAAACCCUGCCAGGAGUAAGGACUCUGGAUACUAUCAGUGUGAGGUAUCCAAUGAAAUCAGUUCCAUGAAGAGUGACCCCAUCCAGCUGGACGUAAUAGAUCCAGUGACUACACCAUCCAUCAAAGCCACCAAAACCACAGUCAAAGAACUGGACUCUGUGUCCCUGACCUGCUACUCGAACGACACUGGUAUCUCCAUCCGUUGGCUCUUCAAAGGCAAGAUUCUGAGGAUCACAAAUAGGAUGAGGUUGUCCUCGAACAACAGCACCCUCCAAAUAUACUCUGUGAAGCGUGAGGAUUCUGGGAACUAUCAGUGUGAGGUAUCCAAUCGAGUCAGUUCCAAGAGCAGUGACCCCAUCCAGCUGGACAUACUAGAUCCAGUGACUACACCAUCCAUCAAAGCCACCAAAACCACAGUCAAAGAACUGGACUCUGUGUCCCUGACCUGCUACUCGAACGACACUGGUAUCUCCAUCCGUUGGCUCUUCAAAGGCCAGAGUCUGAGGAUCACAAAUAGGAUGAGGCUGUCCCUGAACAACAGCACCCUCCAAAUAGACUCUGUCAAGAGUGAGGAUUCCGGGGACUAUCAGUGUGAGGUAUCCAAUAAAAUCAAUUCCAAGAGGAGUGACCCCAUCCAGCUGAAAAUACUAGAGCCAGUGACUCUACCUUCCAUCCAAGUCACCAACACCACAGUCAAAAACCUGAUCUCUGUGUUCCUGAACUGCUUCUCAAACAGCACUGGAAUCUCUGUCAAUUGGCUCUACAAAGGCCAGAGUCUGAGGAUCACAAAUAGGAUGAGGCUGUCCCCGAACAACAGCACCCUCCAAAUAGAAUCUGUCAAGAUUGAGGAUUCUGGGGACUAUCAGUGUGAAGUAUCCAAUCAAGUCAGUUCCAAGAGGAGUGACCCCAUCCAGCUGAACAUAAUACGUUCAGACCAGGAGAUUGGGUCCUGAUCCAUAGACACCAACACAGGACCUUGGAGCCAAGAUGGAAAGGGCCAUAUGUUGUUGUUCUGACCACACCUACUGCUCUCAAGGUGGACAGCAUUGCAACUUGGGUCCACCACUCCCACACUCGACUGACGGACCUGUUUACCCUUCUGGAAGAACACUAGGAUGAGACCUGGGAGACAUCAAAACACCCCUCCAAACCCCUGAAUCUCAAGCUCCAUCACCGAGGAAAAUGAAGCCCUUCCUGCUUCUGCUGCUCCUUCUCUUGAAGAUCUCCUAUGGAACGAGUCACCUCAAUAACCCUCAUGUGCCAUGGAACCAGACAUGGCUAAUAGUCAACACAGAAACCAGCAUCAUUGCCAACUCCUACUCCUCGACUAGAGAACCCAAGGACACCUGGUUCCUAGACCUGUUUGUCAACCUUUGUGAUCUGUUAGGAGAGACAUGGGACCCAUCAGAUCAGAAACCCUUCCCUGGGUAUGGGUGUGCUUCUCCUGGCCAGAGGAAAAGAACAAGGGAACAAUGUUUUUAUGUACAUCCUGGCCAUCCCCAG